AUGUGCAAGUUGAAUCUGAUCACAGGUCUCUGUUUGAUCAUCGCCAGCUUGGCUUCUUCCUCCAGGCUGGUAUGUUACUUUAACAGUGAAGCGGAAGAUAGAGUCGAUGCUGGAAAGUUCACGGUUUCAGAUAUUGAUCCGAACCAGUGUACCCAUCUGAUCUAUGCCUUUUCUGACAUCAAUAACAAAAAUGAGCUGGUCCCCAAAAAAGAAUCAGACCAAGCACGCUAUCUGUCCUUCAAUCAACUCAAAUCCAGAAAUCGACAGCUCAAAACGCUGUUGGCGGUUGGCGGCUUGACCUUUGACACAAAAAAGUUCAGUACAAUGGUGGCAGAAGAACAAACCAGAAGCCAGUUCAUUCAGUCUGCUCAAAAAAUACUGAGAGAUAAUGGGUUUGAUGGGCUAAACCUUGACUGGAGGAACCCCGGCAGUGUUGGAAGCCAACAGGAUAAGCAGGGAUUCACAAUGCUGUGCAAGGAGCUAAAAGAGGCCUUUGUGACUGAGGGAGCAAACACAAGCCGUACCAGAUUACUCAUCACUGCAAGUGUCUCUGCUGAGAAAACAACCAUUGAUGCCAGUUAUGAAGUUGCAGAGAUUGCCAAGCACCUGGAUUUUAUUAAUGUUCUGACAUUUGACUUUCACGGACCAUGGGAAAAAGUGACAGGACAUCACAGCCCCUUAUACCAGGGAUCCCAAGACACUGGAAACAAGAACUACUCAAACACUGACUUUGCCAUGCAGUACUGGCUGAAACAGGGAGCACCUCCAGAAAAGCUCAAUUUGGGGAUUGCAGCUUACGGCCGAGCUUUUGACCUCUCCACUAAUGCCAGUGAUGUUGGAGCACCAGCCACUGGACCUGGGGAAGAGGGCUGCUACACCGGUGUAGAUGGAUUCUGGGCCUCCUAUGAGACUUGCCUUUAUCUUGAAAAUGUUACAACCCAGCUGAUUACUGAUCAGAAAGUUCCAUUUGCUGUCACAGAAAACCAGUGGGUUGGAUUUGACAACAGAGAGAGCCUUGAUACUAAGGUCAAUUAUCUAAAAAAUAACAGCUUUGGAGGUGCCUUUGUGUGGUCUUUGGACCUGGAUGACAACAGUGGAGAGUUCUGCGAAAUGGGCAAGAAUCCCUUUAUUAGCCACUUGCAUGCUCUCCUGGUCCCAGGUACUUCUGUAAACUUCUGUGAAGGUCGCAAUGGGCACUUUUCCAACCCCGGACAACCAUCGACUUUUAUCAACUGUGCUAAUGGGGUAGAACACAUCCAAAACUGUGGACCAAAUUUGGUCUUUAAAGAAGCGUGCAAUACCUGUGUACCUCCGUCAUUUCCAUGUUAGGAAGUGGUGAAUGCAUUCUGAUCACCAAUUAUCAAAAGCUGUUAUAUGUACAAUUUCUUCUGAUUAACUGUUAAUAUAUUAAUUAGUUAUAUGUGGGAAAAUAGUGGAUGCUUAUUUAGGACUCAGUAAUCUAUACUGAGGUGAAUACAUUUAAAAACAGAAUUUGAGCAUGGAAUGUCACAACAACAAUUUGCUAAUUUCUGGAUUUUCAUCUGCUCCCUGUCCCCACUAAAAUUGAGUGGGAAAAUGUUUUACCUCUUUUUAGUUUUGUAUAGAA